AUGAAGCUUAGAAUGAAUGCACAAGUUUUUCUGCUUCUUCUGUGGUCUCAAAUUGCCGUUGCAUUUCAACUUCCAACACAACGGCUUCACGAUCGAACGGUUUCCAUUGGAAAUCUGCAGCAACAAACAAGUUAUAACGCAUCGCUGAAUACUCAACUUUAUGGAGUACACACCAAUGGAGAGCAAGGCGAGGAAAACUCUUCCAAUAGUCGUCGCGUGAGAUCCAAAGUCAAAAAGCUAGCUCGCAAACUCAUCCGACGUCCGCUCACAACGGCCUCAGAAGCGAUUCCCAUGCCCGGGGCGAUUGCUUCGAUACUGAAAGAUGCUAGUUUGGCGGCAGUCGAAGAAGUGGGAGAAUAUUAUAUGGAUCAAAACCGCAGCAGCAGCAGCAGCAGCAGCAGCAUGAAUACCAAUACAAAUACAAAUACAAAUACCAAUCCUACUACUACUAAAAACAUUGCGGCGUUGGCGGAAUCCAAACAAGUCUUAUUAGAAGUCAUCGAUAAUGCCUUUUCACCCGUGGAAGAAUCCUUGGAAGAACUGGAUCAAUCCUUGCAACGUGCUCGAGAAACCUUGGAAAAGGCCAAGCAAGAAUCUUACCAAGCCGUCGAGGCCAUUCAAGUGGCGGCCAUUGCGCAAGCCGAAGGGGCUGCUACGGCGGUCGCAGAAGCCGGACGAGUCGCCGAAGAUCAAGUGCUGGAAUUGAUUAACGACAAUGCCAUGGUGGAUAUUUCGGACUUGUCCUUUGAGGAUGUGGAUUACAGUUCGAGUGAAAUGGCACCACCCUUUUUGGAUCCCAACUCUUGUUUGAUUCCAGGAGAACCAGUGGUGCGAGUGGAAAAGGCACCAGAAAACUCAAGGCGGAUCUUUGCGGGAAUUGAUAUCAUGGCCAGUGUCGACGAUGUGUGGAAUGUAUUGACCAACUACAAAGAGCUUCAAAAUGUGGUCCCCAACCUGGUAGUAAAUGAAGUCCUCGAAUUGUACGAAGGUGAAACUACCGACAAGGUCACGUACGAAAAGAAUGUCCCAGAAGAAUUUCAAUGCAAACAAGUGGCGGACAAGAUGAAAGGAGCUCUUUUGAAACAAGUGGGCGGCGCCAAGGUGGCAGGAAUCAACUUUUCGGCUCGGACUUGCCUGGAAGUGAGGGAGUGGCCACAAGGGUUGCCUGACUUUGCGCAUUACAAAGAUGACUCGUGGGAAGGAGUAUCGAGAGAAGAUCGAGCAAAGGACAACCCCAAUGUCAAGCUAAAGCGCUACAGGUUCCCCCGACCCUUCUCUCUUUCCUCUUUGCCGACCAAAGAGAUUUCCAUGCAGAGCAUUCCGGAUGACGAUGGUGAAUUCCGGUUGUAUCAAGGUAUUUGGAAGAUGCAACCGCUUCCGGGGUGUGCCGAACCUGGAAAGGACGCCAUGCGAUUGACAUAUGCUGUGGAAAUCAGUCCUCGAGCCUAUCUUCCAGUAGGACUGGUGGAGCGACGAAUCGUUUCGGAUCUUUGUACGAACUUGGAGGCUAUUCGAAAGGCGGUGAGCAAAGAUUGA